AUGACAUCGCAACACCCACUUCCUGAGUUGUGGACUCAUGUCGUUCGCAACAACAAGAAGGGCAAACUACGACAACAACAGCAAAAUGUUUCAUUCAACCCUACGUUGAUCACCCCUCCUGCCGACUCGAUCCAGAACGCGUCUGCAGCUAACACCACUCCUCCCAAACCUAUUGCAAUGGUUCGACCAUUCAUGAAUGGGAUAGAAGAGGACUCGGUAUUCAUAGACUUGACUACAGUUAAAGAUAGAACUCUUUUGGACAAGGCACUUGUCAAGUUCAAUGAAGAGGCAGAAAGAGAUGAUCUGUAUGAGGAUUUUCUAGGAUAUCGAAAACAAACUAGACACUACCUUGGUCACCAAUUCUUGGAAACUCUUUGGCUACCAAAUGCAGCUGGCCGAAAAACUCUCAUCGAACAGGGAAUUACCUUGGAGGAUGGGACCUACCUGAAGGGCUUUCCCUCUUUUACCGAAGAUGCCAACAUUGUGCGUAUCACUAUGGAGAAGCUACCUUUUCUUCCUGCUGUCCAGCUGAAGAAAGAAAUGGCGGAGCGCUUCUCUUGUUUUGGAGACGUAUUGGAUCAUGGUAUUUUCAAGACAGAGACUGGUAUCUUUCAAGGUGAAGGAUAUGUCACCCUCAAUCUCACCUUAUCCAAUGUUCCUGGUAAUGAAUGUAUGGAUUCACAUGAAGCUGGAGUUGAAUGUGGUGGACAGCGACACUUGGAACCUCUCAAGAGAGUUAUCAUUUGGGACACUCGCUCGAAGGAAGAUGACCAGCGACAAAUCCUAUUACAAUGGGAUCAAAUGCCAGCCUUUUGCCGCCAGUGUCAGAAACCUGAUCACUGUCGUGCUGACUGCCCAGACUACCACAAAUGGGCAAUAUGCUACCACUGCAACAAACGUGGACAUGUAUCGAAGAAUUGUGAUAGAAACAACGCAGAAUCGGUACCUGCAAAGGUUCGUGCUGUUGACAGAACUUCUGCUAAGCCCAAGGAACGAAAGGGAGCCAAGCCUACUCCCCCAAAGAGGGCCGAUCCUGAACGUCGAAGCAAACCAGUAGAAGACAAGGAUCAUAUCAUGCAGGAUGCUCCUCAACCUAAUGCUGAUGCACCCUCCCCUGAAGCUUCUCAACAACAAACCAAAAUAACUGGAGAUACCAUUAUGGAAGAGAACAACACGAAUACAAAGUUUUCUGAUGCGGAUGCAUUAAACAGUGUUUCCAAGGAUGUGCGCAGAUCUCAUCCUGAAUUUGAUCCCUCGAAAGCAGCGAAGAAGUUAACCCGCCAGGAAGGAUCUUUAGAUAUCGGUUAUGCCAGAUAUCAACACGCUGAAACCUCUAACCCCCACAGUGAUGCCAGGCGCAUGUCUGGUGAUGAUACGGAUACGAUUGAUAGGAAUUUGACACCACCUGCACCUUCAGGUACACCACCUUCCACCAAUCUUUAA